GAGAAAGCAGACAUCCGGUUUGCGCGUCUGGCCGCCGGAGGUGGAGGCAGCCAUGGUGCGGUUCAAGCAUAGGUACCUGCUCUGCGAAGUGGUGUCUGACGACCCCCGCUGCCGCCUGACUCUGGAGGACCGAGUGCUGGGCACCCUGGUACGGGACACGAUCGCCCGCGUGCACGGGACUUUCGGUGCUGCCGCCUGUUCCAUCGGCUUCGCGGUGCGAUACCUCAAUGCCUAUACUGGAAUAGUGCUACUUCGAUGCAGGAAGGAAUUCUACCGGCUUGUGUGGUCAGCUCUUCCCUUCAUUACAUACUUGGAGAACAAAGGACACCGCUACCCGUGUUUUCUCAACACCUUACACGUCGGAGGUACAAUUAGAACAUGCCAGAAAUUCCUGAUUCAGUACAACAGGAGACAGCUGUUGAUCCUGUUGCACAACUGUACUGAUGAAGGAGAGCGGGAGGCUAUCCAGAAGUCUGUCACUAAAAGCUGUUUACUAGAGGAGGAGUCCGCUGGGGAGGAGCUUUCCGAUAGCGGCGGCGAGGAGACUGCUGAGCCAAUGGAGUGAACCUUUGCGCGCUGUGCUGUGCCCAGGCCUUGGGGUCCACCCACUGGGAUGGGACAUUCUGAGAAGCAGCAGCAUCUUCUGCAGUUCCCAAACUGGAUGACUGUGGACCAGAGGCCAGGUGACCAGCUCAAAAUGGACUUACUUAAAACUAAUCGAAGUCACCUUUACCCAGCAUUGCCUGGUUAAGUGGUUCUGCAGUUGUGAAGCCCCUGUCCUUAUACGCAUCUUUGUAUCUAACAGCAGGUUUAAUAAAUGUAUUUGGCU